GUAAACAAGCACAAUACUGGUCAAAAUACUUCUUUGAAAAUUCCAUAUUUCUUCAGUAUAUUGAGUAGCUGCUUGAGGAUACUGAAAGAUUACCAUCUGAACGACUUGUAGACAGGUUUCUUUCCUUUCCUUUCUUUUUCGAGAUUGAUAAUUUACAGUCACUCACAAUGUAACUAGAAAGCUUUUGAACUUUCUUUCGCAAUCACCCCAUUUUCUCUAUUUCAAGAUGUGGUAAAGCGUGUUUUAAAGAUAUUGAUCCGGUAAAAGGAAGUUAAGGGUUUAUUUUUGCGGUCAAUGUAACGAAACAGGUUUGGCGGGAAUCGGAAAUGAGUGAAGGUCAACUUUACACCGUAUCAAAACAGCUUUGUCUUUCUGAGCUUGUUAAAUCCUCGUGUUCUAUCCCGCAAAAUAUCCGACACUUACAUAUCUAAUUUCAAUUAUUUUAAAUUUCUUUUUCCUGUCAUCGGAAAGGGAAGUUUAAUUUUGAGAGUGAGAAACCUCCUUCCUUCGGCCAGUGACGUAAUAGAGGAAACUUGAUUGACCUGUUAUUUGUAAAUAAGAAAUCUCGUGACAACACGCGGCGAAAAUUUGAAAGAAGAGAUCUCAACUCGCCGGCAAAAAAAAAUUUCGCUUUCCUGUUUGUUCGACGGGGAGGUUUGAAUCUCGUCAAAAGAAAAAUUUAUUAACAUGAGCGUGGCGAAGAGAGCAAAGCUCGAUGUGCCGACGACCGAAACCCAUGAGAAGCUCACAAACGGCUACCAUUGCACGAACGGAAUCGAAAGCGAAAAAAAAUCGCACGAACUCUCCAAGGACGAGAUAAUGGGACUGCGAACUGCCUACAUUGGGAAAGCCUGUGAAGUCCAUUUCAAAGAGAAUCCAAUCAAAAUUGCCUAUGCACGAGGACAGUACAUGUAUGAUGAAGAGGAUAACCAGUAUCUGGAUUGUGUCAAUAAUGUCACGCAUGUUGGUCACUGCCACCCCCAUGUUGUUAAAGUUUGUCACGAGCAAAUGGCCACCCUUAAUACCAACAGCCGUUUUUUGUAUGACAUCAUUGUUAAGUAUGCACAGAGGCUGACAGCCACAUUCCCACCUGAAUUGAGCCAAUGUCAUUUUGUCUGCACGGGAUCAGAAGCAAAUGAUCUUGCUCUGCGAAUAGCAAGACAACACACUGGUGCUGAUGAUGUUGUCAUUGUAGACAGAGCAUAUCAUGGCCAUACCACAGCAUUGAUUGAUAUCAGCCCUUACAAGUUCAGAAAACUGGGUGCCAAGGGCAAGAAAGAUUAUGUCCAUGUUGCUCCUACUCCUGAUCCAUAUCGUGGGAUAUACCAAGGAGAAGCCACACCUGAACUUGGAGAAAAGUAUGCCUUAGAAGUCAAGAAACUCAUUGAUCAAGCACACAAAGAUGGAAGAAAGAUUGCAGCUUUUAUCAGUGAAUCAAUGCAAGGUUGUGGAGGUCAGGUAGUCUACCCACCAAACUACCUGAAGCAAGUCUACAAGUAUGUACGAGAGGCUGGAGGAGUGUGUAUUGCUGAUGAGGUUCAGGUUGGAUUUGGACGAGCUGGAAAACACUUCUGGGCAUUUGAGUCUCAAGGUGUUGUGCCGGACAUUGUUACGUUAGGUAAGCCGAUUGGUAAUGGUCACCCAUUGGCACUAGUCAUUACGACACCUGAACUUGCAGAAUCUUUUGCUGCCACUGGCAUGUCCUAUUUCAAUACAUAUGGAGGUAACCCAGUAUCAUGUGCAGUUGGCAAUGCAGUUUUGGAUAUCAUUGAGAAUGAGAAUCUUCAACAGCAUGCCCUUGAGACUGGUGAUUACUUAAAGAACAAGUUGCUACAACUUCAAACCAAGCACAGGCUCAUUGGAGAAGUUAGGGGGAUGGGGCUUUUCAUUGGAGUGGAACUGGUGACUGAUAGAACAACAAAACAACCAGCCGCAGAAGAGGCAAGAAAAGUGGUAUACAAGGCAAAAGGUAAAUUUGUGCUGCUAUCAGCCGAUGGACCUGAUAACAACGUGAUCAAGAUCAAGCCUCCAAUGUGCUUCACGAACACGGAUGCUGACCGAGUGUGCUCGGUUUUAGACGAGGCACUGAGAGAAAUUGAGGAAUGCUAGUGAAGAAGAUUGCGAAGGAGAGGGCUAAAGCGAGCGAUGAUUUUCUCUUUUAAAAUUUUUUCACAUUUUUGUGUCGUCAACGCAUGCCCGGGGGAACUACUAGGGUAGAUAGAAUUCUGGCAGUGAGUGUAAUGGAGUCGCCACACGCUGGAACUUAAAGAUAUUUUUGUCGAUGUUCUCUCCGGCUAAGACUAGAAUUGACACAACAGCUUGAAUUCUACUCUUAUUUAUAUUUAAUAUAAAAGCGCGAUUCUUUUUUUUUUUUUUUUUUUUUUUUUUUCAUGAAUUAAGCUGUAUGCCGUGAUAUUUGAAAGUGAAUUUUCAAAGAAGAACGCCAAGUAUUACUAGUUGUUUCCUAUAAAACUUUAAACUUUAACAUCAGUAUGCAUAUUCUCCGUACUGAUCUCCACGGUGCUAAUAGGGAGAAAUUUGUUUAACAAUCAAGAGCUUCUUUAUUUGGUGAUCAUUUCCUCUAUUCUCUUGAGCUGAAUGUGUGAUUCAGGGAUGAUAUUGCAACGAGACAUUAAAUUCUGGCUCCUCGUGAUGGUCAAAGGGUCAAUAAGGCAGCAAAUUGCAUUGUAAAAAGGUCAGUUCUCGCCAAAGAUACUGGAAUCCCUUUAAAGUAAUGCAAACACUAUCGAUAUAUUUAUUCGGAAGUUUUUAGUCUUUUAUACGCCAUACUUAAUUUAAUGCCUUUGCUCAAUUUUAAUGGCAUCCCUGUUUGUAGUAUAGGUUUUGGUAGUCGCUUAUUCUAGAGUCUAGAUAAAUACGAAAUAGUUAUUUUAAAUGACUUUACAUGCUGUAACGUAUGGACAAAUAUGUAAAAAGGUUCUGUAAAAUGGUGCCACGAAAUUAUCGUGUUAUUUCUAUAACGAAAAGAAUUAAACGGGUAAAUACGUUGAGAUA